AUGCCGGAACAACCACAGCCACAGCCAGAAAUGACUGAACAGAGCGCUAAGAGAUAUAGAGCCGCUUGCGACAGAUGCCACAGUGCCAAAAUUCGAUGCACGGGUGGAAAUCCUUGUAUAAAGUGCCAAAAAGAUAGUGUUUCCUGCCGCUUCAGCGUGCGUGCCAAUCUAGGUAAACCAAAAGGUAGUUUGAAUGCGAAAACAAUAGAAAAGUUGAGAAGGCUUGUCGAUGGAUCUACCACAGAGACCGAGGAAGUUCAGCACGCGAGAAUGAUUCUCGCUUUGAGCAGAAAUGGGCGUUUAAGAAGCGAACGCUCAUGUAGCAUCGGCUCUACAGUUGUCUUAGCUCAGUCUCCCGAGUCCAAGGGGUCUGAGACAUUGAACGAAAUCACGGAAGUAGCAGAGAAAUCACCAGAUCCGUGUGAUUUUAGAAGCUUCGAAGAUCAAUCCCAAGGGGCGCUCGACACGUCUUUGCAUCAACAGUACCCAAUGCUUGACAUGGACUUUUCAAUCACGCCAGAUAUCAGCAUGUCCGAUAUCAUGGAACAGUCUCUUGAUGAUUUCUUGGAUCCUUCCCUGAGACAUCUGCUGUCCCCACCAGCUACGCAUUCACCAAUUCAUAAUGGCAUGAAUUCCGACUUCUUGCCACUUGGGCAUAAAGAUAAUCAAGAUCGACUAGAAGCAUUUAACUCCCUCGCAGCCGCAUGUAUACGGGGCCCUUUAACACCCACUUCUUCGACACUUGUAAGCUUCGAGAACGCUGGAGGAUUAAUAAGUCUAUCACAGAGAAACAAUGAUUAUCCGAUACAUUCUUCAAGAUCUCCAACGAAAUCGUGCAGAUGUAUGCAGAGUCUCAUAGAUUGCAUGGGUCAGCUUCGGGCUAUAGAGCAACGAGAGUCGCCAGUGGGAAUAGAGGCAAAACUUCACCAUAGUCAAAAUGUUCUCACAACUUCUUCGGCCACUCUACAAUGUCCCUCAUGUUCUUCCGAUCCCCAAACUCUUCUUUUGUCCUCAAUUGUUAUGACAACCAUGGUUCAUUGGGCGGACUCGCUGGUUUCUCAACGAGAGUUUGCUCAAUUCACGGUGAAGUACGGGGAGUAUACUGCGUCGGACGAAAAUUCCACAAUAGUAAAGACAGUCUUAACGGCCGGCGUGUUGGCGAAAAAUACCGCAAUAAUUGACAGUUUUCGAGAAAGAAUGGAAAGUUUCAAAGGAGAGGAACAUCAAGCACAGUACAUAAAAUUGCAGGUAGAUAGUCUCGCAAGCUUACUGAGCGAGGCGAGGAUGAGAUUCAAUGCCUCGAGUUUAUAA